UCGGACCCCGUGGCCGGACGGCAUUCACGGUGGCGGCGCCACGGCACGGUGUUCCGUUGACGCCAUGCGAGAUGGCGACGGUUGCUUGCUCCAAUCCGUUUUUCAUCUGGGUGCAUCAGACUGCAAUCCUUCGUUCGAUUCAUUCAGUAAACAGACUAACAGUAACAAGCAGCAUGUAAGAAUUCUGCUUUCUGGCUCAUGUGAUGGUCUAUCAUGAAGUUGCCGGCUUGCCCUUGUACAGAAGGACUUUGAUGCACAACCAGUCCAACACACUGCAAGCAGACCAAAUCUCUGCCCUUCUCAGUAGUGACUGAAAAACUUCUAUUACUGGAGGCUUCAGAUACUACCACAGUUGGAAGGGCCCAAAGAUAGGGUUGUUCAUGUCACUGUGCCUAGAAGGAAAACAAGUUUCCCCAUUUCAAUGAUUCUAUCACAAAUACAGCAUGACAAGCAAAUCCCCCAACAUCCGAAGAAAGGAUGGAUUUUGGACGGCCUCGGUCUGGACAAAAUGAACUAUGCGGUACUCUGAAUCAUUUGGCUUCAGAUGCGCGAUACAGGCGAACCGCAAUGCCGAGACUUGGGCCACGCAGCUGGUGCCACUUGAGUCCCAGAAGACCGUGUUGACUGUCUCAGAUGGUACAUUCCAGCCACAGUACCGUUAGUAUGAAGUUUCACACCAGGUGCAGAGAGGCCUGGGAGGCUGGGACUUGUACCCAGCACGUACAAUCAGGCAGAGGAACCCAAGCUCAAGCUGGCAUCCUGCUCAUGCUUUUCGCAGCCACUUGUCACGCCCAACACCUGAAAAGAGGAAAGCCAUCUGGUUAGUCUACGCUCAAAUCAUGUGCUAAAAAACGGGACCAAAUUCAAUCCAAUGAAAAGGAAGACAGAUUCUUCAUGCGUUCACUCUCCCAAGUCCUUUUGAUCAAUGCAACCGACAACGGCGGUCGAACACAAGGCGCGCCCUUGCGUGCUGAGGGCGUCUGGUUCACACCCACCAAUUCACCAGCAGUUAAAUUUUGUGCUACCACCUAGGAGUCUGACGGAUCAAUAUGGCUUAAGGUACAUGUGGGGGCACCGAGGGCAUUACUUAAGAUCAAUGGGAGGUGAAACUCUAGGUUCCGGCCUUGGUCCCGGGAAAACUUUCUAGUUGGCCACUGAAGUUUGCCUCUUCUUCCUCACUGCGUGCAUUGGCAGCAGCACUGUGGGCAGAGGGCCCAAGGCACCCAAAAUCUUCUAUCCCAAGCAAUUUGCCGAUCCUUGGAGCACUUUUACAAUGCAUGAGAUCCUUGGAAACUACUGCUUGGCAAAUGGCAAUGGACAAACUUUGAGUAGUUCCAAGCACAUGAAUAUACUCAAGCCAAUAAGAAAUGGUGAGGCCACAGAAUGUUGUAUGGAUUAAAAGUACAGGUGCAGCAUUCUAUGAACAAGAGAUAUUGCAACUCUACCUUGAGUCUUUGACCAAUGGAGGGCCCAUGUCUCUGCAACCCUAUAAAUCCACCCUUCCUUUGUUCUUCUUUCUCCUGCCCUUUCCGUUAGUUACAUGACAGACAUACCUAAAAGCAGGGCUAGACAGUUAGUUAUGCAGCCGUUAAACUGUAUAAGCUUCUUGCUCGGGCUGGCCAUCCUCUCAGCCACCCUUGGCCCCUUUGUCACUAUUGCACAUAGAGAAUUGCUGAUGGUAACUGGCAGCAAGAGAGGAGCAGAAAUCAAGCUGGACCUGAGUGUUGACAAAACCGGAACGGAUGAGGAUGUUAGAAGCAAUGUAUUGACAGGACGAAAGCUAGCUAUUGGAGAUGCAGUCACGGAGCAGAAGGAUGCAAAUAAUUCUGGAAGCAAAACAAGCUCAGGUGCAAAAACUUCUGUUGGAAAAUGCGGGCAAGGAGGAAGGAAGGAUUUGAGUAUGAACUGUUAUUUUAGAAGUAGAAAACCUCCACCAAAGGUUUACUUUGAUGGAGACAUUCCCUUCACUGCUGAUUACCGUUCACCCCGGAAACACCCUCCUAAGAACAACUAGAAGUUGAUAGGGUACAGACAAGUAACUAUAACUAGCUUGUUUUUUUUUCUCUCUUCUGGUUUGCCAUCCUAUAUGUCAAAUAUGGCUUUCCUUCUUGUUAGAUACAUGUGUUUAGUUAUGAUAAAAUAAUAAAUUGUUGU